AUGAAGUAUGAAGCAGUCCCAGCCAGCGAUGAGGGCGAGGAGGGUAAGCCGUCUGACUAUACUCCAGAGGCUUGCCCUAGACACAGGUACUCAAGAAAGCUACUGGCAGUAGCAUUACUCUUGGCCGUGCUACUUGUUCUGAGCAAUGUAGGAUGGAUCUGGGUCGCACUCUCAAGGCGCUCUGGCUCUACCCACCAUCCCUCUAAGUUCCCGGCCAUUGACAUGACCCAUACCGCCUUCUAUCAAGACACUCCUUUCAAUGGCGAGGACAAGGAAAAACCUCACGCGGAUGAGCUAUGGAAGGGCCUGUUCCCGUCGGGGAAUGGACAAGUUUCCAUUUUUAAAACGGAGGCAAGCGUUAACAACCUUCCGGACUCGAUUCAAGAUCCAGACGCUGGGGACAAAGUGAUGUAUGUCCUUGCGGGAUAUCAUAAUUUGCAUUGUUUGACGAUUCUACGAUCUGCAUUCUUCCAUUACCAUGUUCAUGGCAAAGAAAUGUCACCGUGGCCUCAUGUUGUGCAUUGCUUGGAUCAAAUACGACAAACCCUCAUGUGCAACUUCGAUAUGACUUUCGUCCCGAUGACUGGUCCCAAAGAGUUUAAAGAUGGACAGGAGCAUGUGUGCAAGGAUUACUGGCAGAUUCAUAACUGGACGUCUGGUUACCGAUCAGCAUACGCGCCAGGAGAUGAUGACCUUCAUAUUUGA